UAGAUCUAAUGUAAAGUAUACUUUCCCCCUUUUUUGUCUCUCUUUCUCAAAUUGGAAUAUUUGCAAUUAGGCGCAAAGAUUCAGCAAGUUUCACUUCGAAUGAACCGUACUUCUGUGCGUGCGUGUCUAUCAAUAAACACUGCACCCCACCACCGUCGCCGAUAAGUCCGCAUUGCUUUUGCAACCGCAAAAGGCAACGCUUAGCCUUCGUUUUCCGGUUUUGUCUUCAAACAAUAUCCGAUAGCCGAUUAUUUCAGUCUCUUCGGCGGCGACGUUCACCGACGCUGCACCAUUUUUGCAGGGUUUAGGGUUUUGGCUGACCUCCGAUUAAAGGAUUUUGGUCGUUUUUGCUUCUAAAGGCUUCUAUUGUUCUUGCUACUCUUCUUACGCUAUUUGAUUACGAGCUCUAUAAUGAUUGGGAAGAAAGAGAAUCGAAGGACAGGGACAAUUAGUAUGGAGGAUUGUUCCACUCUAUUGGGAAGAUAUUCAGUGAGGACAAUAUUUACUUUGCUUCGGGAGGUGGCCCAGGUUUCGGGAGUGAGAAUUGAUUGGGACAAAUUGGUGAAGAACACGUCCACUGGGAUUUCUGAUGCUCGGGAAUAUCAGUUGUUAUGGCGGCACUUGGCUUAUCGUCACACUUUACUGGAGGACAUGCAUUCUGUUACUGAUUCAUUGGAGUUUGAUUUACAGGAUUAUGAUAGUGACUUAGAUUUUGAAGUAGAACCUUUUCCAUCUGUCGGCAGUGAGUCCUCUAAUGAAGCUGCAGCAUGUGUGAAGGUGCUUAUUGCUAAUGGUAUACCAAAUGAGUCAGAUGUUCCAAAUAGUUCUGCAGUUGAGGCCCCAUUGACUAUACGUAUAUCCAAUAGUCAACCACCUACAGACAAUUUUGACAAUCAUCAAUCUGCUUCUUUGCAAGGAAUCUCUGUUACGAUUCCACUUUCAAUUCAGAGACAGCCUAUUCCAGUGCCACCAGCAGCUGAAGUUUUUGAUGUGAAUGGAGCAGCUGGUGCUAGUGCAGCUUCUCGAAAAAGAAGAAAACCUUGGUCGAAGGCGGAGGAUUUGGAAUUGAUAGCUGCUGUGGAGAAGUGUGGUGAAGGAAAUUGGGCGAAUAUCUUGAAGGGAGACUUCAAGGGGGAUAGAACUGCUUCACAACUUUCUCAGAGGUGGUCCGUUAUUAGGAAGCGACGUUGUAAUUUGAAUUUGGGAGCUAGCACCUCAAGUACUACUCAGAAAGCUCAGAUUGAUGCUGCACACCGUGCAUUGAACUUUGCCCUUGAUUUGCCUGUGAAUAACACAAAAACAGCAAAUUCAAACAUAAACAGUAGCAUUGUUUCUUCUUCUGCAAGUGCUUCCGAAUCUUCGGUUCAAAUGCAGAAUCAGUCUCCACAGAUUUCCAUGCCUUCACGACCGCUGCUAGUAGACCCUUUACCCUCAGCUGUGAAAUCUGGAAUCAACACUUCCAAGAAUUCAUUGAUGAUAAAUUCAACUCACAAUUCUGAUUCUAUUGUUAGAGCAACUGCUGUAGCUGCAGGGGCCCGGAUUGUUUCUCCAUCUGAUGCUGCAUCUCUAAUGAAAGCCACACAGACGAAAAAUGCCAUCCACAUAAAGUCCAAAUGCACACCAAUGCACUUGGAUGCACGCCCUAAUGUACAUUAUAUUUCCACUGGAAAAACGCCAACUCCAAGCUCAAACUAUGUAAGCGGUAAAUCUACUAUGGUAGGCAAUAACUCAAUGAAGGCUGUCUCACCAAAAAUUCUGCAUCAUCGUUCUGCUGCUAUUUCGACAAAUACACCAUCAAACCAAGUAAGCCCAACAACUGAGUCUCCAUUGAAGCAAGAGGUUAACAGUUCAGAAGAACGUAAAACUCCCGAGGCAAUCAUUACCGCAAAAGAGGAGUUUCGAGAAAACAGCACGGGGAAUGAUGUCAAGAUUAGGGGCUGACUAAACAUAAAAGGAAGUGAGAAAAAGUCUAUACCAUAUAAUCAUGGGGGCCAAUGCACAAAUAAUAAACAGCCGAGCUUGACAAGCACGGUAAUAGCAGGUGAAUGUACAGGAACAUCAGUAGGUGUAAAUAGUGAAUUAUACGGCAACAAAGAAUUUCAGGUUUUCUCGCUUGCUAAUCAACAUUAAUUGUCCAACUUUUCCCCCCCUAAGAAAUAGUAUAGUGUGCACAUUCUUUUAUUUAUGAAUUCUGUUGUUAUUUGGGGUGUGGGGUCAAUGCAAAUGCUCAACAACCACUGGAAUUUGGAAGCUCAUAUUCUUCAACAAGAAAGGGAAAUUGUAUAGCUACAGUUUAUCUGUAAUUGAAGGUAUAAUUCAUUCUAUAAGUUAAUAGAUUUUCUUCCUUACAUUA